AUGAGCUCUAAGAACUCUGAAGCUGCAGAUCCAGUACCACCAGCAUCAGCCAAUAUGCCUGCUACCACGCAGCAGGCGGCUGAUACAGUGCCACCAACAGCUGAUACAGUACUAGCAGCAUCGGUCAAUACGCCUCCUACCACGCAACAGAUAGUUGAUACAGUACCAACAACAUCGGCCAAUAUGCCUCCUGCCACGGAGCAGGCGGCUGAUACAGUGCCAACAGUAUCGGCCGAUAAGCCUCUUACCACGGAGCAAGCGGCUUACCCAGUGUCACCGGUAUCGGUACACAUACCUGCAAUCACGGCGACAGUGCCUGAUACUUCAUUUGAAGCACCGGCCCCUUUACCUGUAAGCAAUCUAAAGACGAAAGAAGAAUCGACAAAUAAUUUUCGACGAACCGUGCUUAUUUGUCUCGCAGUUUUCGUUUCAGCCAUCUCCGCCAUGUUGAUCAGCAUUUAUCUUAAACCAUCGACUGCUGAAGAAUGUGAUAUGAAGAAAGCAGAAAAUAGAGAUUUCAACAAGUACUAUGGCAUCGUUAACAUGAAAAACCAUUUUACAACACCAAAUGCUGAUGACUGUACGUCGAAUAUUAUAUUCAAACCAGCAUUACCUCAAGCAAUACUGCAACAAGAUCAUUCAGCAAGCUCAUUCUUAACAUUGGCACCCUAUGGUACUGGGAAAACAUUGUUGAGAUGUGAAUAUUACAAAUCACUAAGAUCAGAUGCCUACUUCAAAGUAUUGAUAUUAAAUAAAGAGAUUGAUGGAUAUCUCGAUAGGGCAAGUAAAGCUGAAAUACAGAUUAAAGAACGACUUUUGUAUCGAGAUAAACCACUUUUAACGUACUUGGAAAAUGACUUGAGAAAAUUAGGUGCUCUCAGGCAAGAUGGUGAAAAGCUUCAUUUAUUAUUGGCCAUUGCUGAAGGUGAAGGUUUCCAAACCAAAACAUUGGAAACAACUCGGUCGAUUAAUGUGUUAAAUGAUUUGAGACAUUUUGCAUUGUUUAUGAAAAAUCGUGUUAAAAAAACUGUGGCAUUCGUUAUUGAUGGAAUUGAUGAAAAUCGGUUUUACUUUGAGCGGAAUAACGUUAAUAAACAAUCAUUAGAAUUAUUUUACAGUUCUUCGAUUGACCAGCAAAUUAUUCUAGAGACUGUAGCCGAGAACUUUUAUUUAUCAAUAUUUUAUCCUAAAAUAGAUGGUAUUAACAUAGAAGAUGCCAGUGUUACAAGUGGUAACUUAGUGGUACACACCAUCAAGUGGGAUACGAAAUUAUUAAUUGAUUAUGCUGAUUAUGUCUUGCAAGAAAUGAAUAAACAUGUAUCAGCAAGUCGUUGUAAAUCAUUCACAGAUUUUAAGACACUUGUGAACUACUCUAACACAAAAAAUGCGGAAAUCAUUAAUAAAAUUACAACACCAAGAACACUUCAUUACUUUAUGCGAUACUUAAUAACAGAAAUGAAUGAGUGUGCCGAUGAUAUUCAGAAACCAUUUAUCGCAACUGCAGAAAACGUUCGCACUGCUUAUGAACGGUCCACUAAAUCUGCUUUUAAAGUUCAUUAUAUUAGAGUAUAA